GCCAAACCAACAACUAUUAAAGAUGCCUUAGCCAAAUGGGAGGAAAAGACAGGACAGAAAGCAUCUGAAGCAAAAGAGGUUAAGCUGUAUGCACAGAUUCCGCCCAUUGAAAAGAUGGAUGCAUCUCUGUCCACAUUGGUCAAUUGCGAGAAAUUAUCUCUUUCAACCAACUGCAUUGAAAAGAUAGCUAACCUGAAUGGUCUGAAAAAUCUCAGAAUACUGUCUUUGGGAAGGAAUAACAUAAAGAAUUUGAAUGGACUGGAAGCAGUUGGAGAAACCCUCGAAGAGCUAUGGAUUUCAUACAAUUUAAUUGAAAAAUUAAAAGGAAUUCAUGUCAUGAAAAAGCUGAAAGUACUCUAUAUGUCCAACAAUACAGUGAAAGACUGGGCGGAAUUCUCCAAACUGGCUGAUCUGCCAUGUUUGGAGGACCUGGUGUUUGUGGGAAAUCCUCUAGAGGAGAAACACACACUGGAGGGAAAUUGGGUGGAUGAGGCAACAAAACGUGUUCCUAAGCUGAAGAAACUGGAUGGAAAUCCCGUCAUUAAGCAAGAAGAUGAGGAGGGAGAUGAUUCGUAA